AUGAGGUUGACUGUCUGCUUGCUUUUAGUAGCUUUCCCACUCCUCAGUGCCAUUCCAGUCGACAACGGAGUCGAAGGAGAGCCAGAGAUCGAGUGCGGCCCCACCUCCAUUACCGUUAACUUUAACACCCGUAACGCCUUCGACGGUCACGUCUACGUGAAGGGUCUCUUCGACCAACAAGGCUGCCGUUCCGAUGAGCACGGUCGCCAGGUAGCUGGCAUCGAGUUGCCAUUUGACUCUUGCAACGUCGCCCGUACCCGCUCCCUCAACCCUAAGGGAGUCUUUGUCAGCACCACCGUCGUCAUACAAUUCCACCCUCAAUUCGUCACCAAGGUCGACCGUGCCUACCGUGUACAAUGCUUCUACAUGGAAGCCGACAAGACCGUCAGCGCUCAGAUUGAGGUUUCUGAUCUCACCACCGCCUUCCAAACCCAAGUUGUACCUAUGCCUGUGUGCAAGUACGAAAUCCUUGAGGGAGGACCAACUGGACAACCCAUUCAAUUCGCUACCAUUGGUCAACAAGUGUACCACAAGUGGACCUGUGACUCCGAGACCACUGACACCUUCUGCGCUGUCGUCCACUCUUGCACUGUUGAUGACGGUAACGGCGACACCAUCCAGAUCUUGAACGAGGAGGGAUGUGCUCUCGACAAGUUCUUGCUGAACAACUUGGAGUACCCAACCGACUUGAUGGCCGGUCAAGAAGCUCACGUCUACAAAUACGCCGACCGUUCUCAGCUCUUCUACCAAUGCCAGAUCAGUAUCACAAUUAAGGAGCCAAACAGCGAAUGUGCUCGUCCCAAGUGCUCUGAGCCAACUGGAUUCAAUGCUCAGAAGGUCGGAAGCGGAGGAGCUGGAGCUGCUCCAGCCGCCGCCGCUCCAGCUGCUCCAGCCGGAGCUGCUCAGCUUCGUCUGUUGAAGAAGAGAAGUGUCAACUACGACAACACUCUUGAUGUCCGCACUGAAAUCAACACCUUGGACAUCUCCGAGAACCAAGUAAGUGUUUAAUUUUAUUUAUGCUUCUGCUUACUUAACAAACAUGUUUUAUCACUUUAAUGUCUAUGUUAAUGUUCUUGAUGACUAAAAUAAUGUUUUCAGGAUCCAAUUAUCCCCGAGAAACUGCGUCAACGUCUCGGCCGACCAAUCGAGUCUCAGAUGGCUGCCAAUGGAUUCUGCGUCUCGGGCGUGGGCUUCAUCCUGAUGAUGUUCGUCUCCAUGAUGGCACUGACCGCUUUGGCCACGAUCGGCUUCACCGUCCUGAGAAAGGAGAGAAAGUUCUAG